AUGUCUACGCAAUUUGACGUUAAUAGUAAUGAUACUCUAUUGUCGACUUCUACUUUUCCAAUUGAUUCAUCAUCAUUAUGGCUUAUAUUUCGUAUUAAAUUACUUAUCUUAAUUCCAUGUAUACUUGCAUGUAUUAUAUUAUUUCUUUUAAUAAUUUAUUUACUAAAAUAUUUCAUUGAUUAUUGUCGAAAAUCUCGUCAGAAACUAACAAUAAAUACACGUACAAUGAUAAAUAAUAAAUGA